GGAGAGACAGCGGCAGGGUGUCCCGGACUCAGGGUUCCCGCAAUGGCAGUGCGCUGGGGUAUCGUGUCCGCCGGCCUUAUCUCCAGCGACUUCACGACCGUGCUGCGGACGCUGCCCCGCUCCGAGCACCAGGUGGUGGCAGUAGCGGCCCGCGACCUGAGCAGGGCAAAGGAGUUUGCACGGAAACACGACAUCCCCAAAGCCUAUGGGUCCUACGAGGAGCUGGCCAAGGACCCGAACGUGGAGGUGGCCUACAUUGGCACCCAGCACCCCCAGCACAAGGCCGCGGUGUUGUUAUGCCUGGCAGCGGGCAAGGCCGUCCUGUGCGAGAAGCCCAUGGGCGUGAACGCGGCGGAAGUGCGCCAAAUGGUUGCUGAGGCCCGAUCCCGAGGCCUCUUCCUUAUGGAGGCCAUCUGGACCCGCUUCUUUCCUGCCGUAGAGGCUCUGAGGGCUGCUGUGGCCCAGGGAACUCUGGGCGACCUUCGCGUGGCUCGGGCAGAGUUUGGGAAGGACCUCACCCACGUACCGCGGGCUGUAGACUGGGCCCAGGCUGGCGGUGGCCUGCUGGACCUUGGUAUCUACUGCAUCCAGUUCAUCUCCAUGGUCUUUGGUGGGCAGAAGCCGGAGAAGAUUUCGGCCGUGGGAAGGCGCCAUGAAACAGGUGUGGAUGAUACCGUCACCGUGCUACUGCAGUACCCAGGAGGCGUCCAUGGCAGCUUCACCUGCAGCAUCACUACCGAGCUCUGCAAUAUGGCCUAUGUGAGCGGCACCAAGGGCACGGCCCAGAUCCUCGACCCCUGCUGGUGUCCAACAGAACUGGUGGUAAAGGGGGAGCAUAAGGAGUUCUCGCUGCCCUCCACCCAGGACAAGGAGUUCCACUUCACAAAUGGAGCGGGCAUGACUUAUGAGGCCAGGCAUGUCCGGGAGUGCCUGCGGAAGGGCCUGAAGGAAAGUCCUGUGAUUCCUCUGGCAGAAAGUGAGCUCCUGGCUGACAUCCUUGAGGAGGUGAGAAAGGCCAUUGGAGUCACCUUCCCCCAAGACAAACACUGAUGUAAGCCCUAAAUAAAUAAAGACCUGGCUUCCACAGAGA